AUGAAGCUUGAAUUGCAAGAAACGUCAAAGAGAACGACUGUGGUUUCCCGUGGAGCUGAAGCACGGGCAAGUGCCUUGAAAAAGUCCACCUUGUCAGCUGAACCAGUUCACAGGAUGGAUCACCAACAGAAUCAAAGUCCAUUAAAGAAUACGUGUGUGUCAGAUAGAAGAGGUCCUCAGAACAGAUGUGGGUUUCCAAGCAAAGCAAAGAAAAGCAGUAAUUCUCACUUUCAUUUCAAUCAAUUCCCAAUUCCAGGAUGGCCAAAUUGCCCUCUAUUCCCUCACCGAAUUGAUGUGCCUUUAGUGGAUCCCUGCUCAGGUUUUGUGAGUCCAGGAGCAGAUGCUGACCUGAAGCCUAAUGUUGGAAGAGUUAUUGAAUCCCUGGUGGACUACAGUGAUGUGAAGCCUCACCAGCGGAUCCCCAUCACAGGACAGAGAGGCCCGACUGCUCACAAGAGGCAUAUGAUCCUCCUGCAGGAAACCAGCCAGAACAGAAGGUGGAACUCCAGGAGUGUACCAGCUGCUUCUGUCAAGGCAGAACUCAGAGGUUGGAGAACUCCAAUGAAAGCUGCUCCCACUCUACCUGACCGAAGCCAUAUUUUUACAUUUUGUUUGGAACCCAGUCUCAAGGAAUCAAGUGACCCUUCUACAAGACAGAGAGAAGAAAAGGCAAGGAACUCUUUCUACAAGUCAAGUACUCAAAAAGCUUAUGAAGACGUUCCUUGGGAUGAUAUAUUACCUUCUAAAAUCCAGCCUCCAGAAUCAACAGUGGAAGAGUUGGCUGAUCCUGUUUCCCAGUGUUUCACAAAAAAGAGAUACAAUCUUGAACCUGAAAUAAGCCAACUUGUCGGAGGCUUCUGGGACAGAUUUCAAAGAAGAUCAUUUACCUCUCCAAAGAGACCUAUUAAUUUUGUAAGCCAAAGCUGUCAGACUGGUCAUAUCCCUUUGUAUACUGGCUGUGUUGGUGCAGUAGAUUUUGAAGACAUUGACAAUGUUGAUGCAGACUUAAUCCUACUUAACCAUGUGAGAACUACAAAGCCUCGCUACACAAGCACUGCACACUCUCCAAAUAUCCCUGGAUACACUGGCAAGGUUCAUUGGUUAGCAACCCACCCGGCAAAUUCUAAUUCAUCAACAAACCCAUCAGUAAUUGCACAAACGCAUGGAUACAUAGCAAAAGAUGGGAGCUUGUCGCAGUAUAAUCGCCAGAGACAUUUUUCUGAAAUGGUGACUCUAAAUAGUAUUCAGAAUUCUUUCAACAAGAGAGAACAAGAAACUAUUACAGUUUAG